ACGUCACGCUUCCCCAGCCGUGGAGUCUGCGUGUGUGUGUGCAGAGCGACACAGCGGCUAGGAGAGAGAGACACACACACCACCACCACGAGUUUACUGGGGUUGGUGGUACACACACACACACUACACACACCGGCGGCGUUGUGUGUGUGGCUGGCUUCAGAGACUUGGUGGGGUGGACAGGGAGGGUAACACGGGGGGGGUAGAGAGAGACGCGAGAGAGAGAGAAGGUGGACAAUGUGUGGUGGGGGUGACACCGGCUGCUGCCUUUGAUCGGACAUCGGCCGUGGAGGGAGGACGAUGAGGAGACGACGACGAGGUGGAGGUGGUGGAGGUGGAGGAGUGAUGCUCGUGUUGGUGUCAUUCGGCGUCCUGGUUAUAGCUGCUGCAGGGCUGGCACGCGCCUCUCAGCUGGACCUGCCCGGGGAAGAGAUCGACUUCAUUUCGGAGCAGCUGAAGGAGCGCAGCUUGCAGGACGCAGCGCCAGCGCCCAGGUCGGCGCCACUGGGCCCCGAUGGCCGAGGGAGCCCAAACGCCUCCGCCGUGACCUCCGCCGCCGCCCCGGGUCCUGUUGCGGUCGACAAGGGGCAGAGUUCGCACAAUGACCCUGCCACCGAUACGCUCUUCCUGAUCAUACUCAUCGCCUGUGUGGUCACUGGAACUGCGGGACUCAUUCUGGCGGUGGUCUGCUGUUGCUACAUGCAGCGGAGCGCGAAGAAGGCGGAGAAGGCCGGCUACCCGGCCUUCGGGGCCACGGCGGGGCACGCCGAGCCCAGCAAAGGCCUGGCGAGGAUCUUCUCUUCGUUGACGUCGUUGCUGGCGACGAUCUUCAGCUCCGAGAACCACGGCAGCUCAAAGCUGCCACGGGGGGGGGGGGGGGGGGUGGGGGGACACGACCGGGUAACAAGGACAACCAUGAGGACCACGAUGGUAACGACGACGAUGAUAGCGGUGCGCCGUCACGCGUCGCAUGGCGCGUGA